GGGGAGCGCCCAACCCCGGAACCGCUGCAGCCGCCGCCGGCCGCGCCUGGCCCCGGUGCCCCGCUGCCGGACACACGCUGCUCGGGCCGCAUCCAGCUCGUACCCCCGAGGCACCCUGAGCGAUGGAGAGGACGGAGCUGGUGGGCAUGUGGAGACGUAGCAGCAAUCAGGUUUUGUGUGCUUAAAAAGACAUCUGUGGUGGAGGCAGGCGGCAGGCAGCGAUCCCCGAGAGGCAAUGGAUGGAGACAGGUGCCGUGGGGCUCAGUGGAGGUGGGAACUUUCCUAACAACCCGUUUUCUUCUCCUAAGAGCACCAGGAUUGCUGCAAAGCUAUCUUCCUUCCCACACCUCUGCAAAAAGCUAUAGUGAAAAGGGAGCACCAUGUACACCUUCCUGCCUGAGAACUUCACACCAGUGAAGCAGAAGCCAUCCAAAGAGCUGAGGCCCAUGCUCGGGGCCAUCUUGCUGGGCCUCAUCCUGUUCAUCGCCGCAGUGGUGGCCUGGUGCUACUACACGGUGUCCCUGCGGAAGGCGGAGCGGCUCAAGACGGAGCUGAUGGACCUGCGUGCGGACGGCUUCGUCAUCAGGAACCAGCACGGGGAGGUGGUGUUCCGGCUGGCGUUCCGCUCGGGCAGCCUGGACCUGGAGUCGUGCUCCAAGGAGGGCGAGAUCCUGAGCUGCACGCGCUCGGGCCGGGGGCCGCUCAACUUCUUCAUCCAGACGGUGAAGCCCAAGGACACGGUGAUGUGCUACCGCGUGCGCUGGGAGGAGCUGGCGGACGGCCCCGCCGUGGAGCACACCAUGUUCUGGGAGGACGCGCACUGGUACGGGGGCUCCGAGAUGAGCACCCAGCACUGGCCCAUCCGCCUGGCCGGCUACCAGGAGCCCGUGCCCUACGUGACCAGCGACGUCUACUCCUUCCGCGACAGCUUUGGCGGCAUCCUCGAGCGCUACUGGCUCUCCUCCAAGGCGGCCGCCAUCAAGAUCAACGACUCCGUGCCCUUCCACCUGGGCUUCAACGCCACCGAGCGCACCCUCUUCUUCCAGGCGCGCUACAAGGACUCUCCCUACAAGCCCCCGCCGGGGCAGCAGCCCUUCCCCGAGCUCAGCUACCGCGUCUGUGUGGGCUCUGACAUCACCUCCAUCCACAAGUACAUGGUGCGCAGGUACUUCAACAAGCCCUCCAAGAUCCCUGCCGAGAACGCCUUCCGAUACCCCAUAUGGUCCACGUGGGCCCUCUACAAGAAUGAUAUCGACCAGGAUAAACUCUUGCGAUUUGCCGAAAAGAUCAGAAAGUACCGUUUUAACUGCAGCCACAUAGAAAUUGAUGACAUGUACACACAAGCCUAUGGGGACUUUGACUUUGACCCAGUCAAGUUCCCCAAUGUGACAGAGAUGUUUGCAAAACUAAGGGAAGAUGGGUUCAAGGUCACCCUGUGGACUCACCCUUUCAUAAACUACAAUUCCUCUAAUUUUGGGGUGGGAAUCGAGCGUCAGCUCUUCAUCAAGGAGCCAUCAGGGCGACUGCCGGCCAUGGUGGAGUGGUGGAAUGGCAUUGGGGCCAUCCUGGACUUCACCAACCCGGCAGCCCGCGACUGGUUCCAGAGCCACCUGCGCCAGCUCCGACACAAGUACGGCAUCUCGUCCUUCAAGUUUGAUGCGGGCGAGACCAGCUACCUGCCCAAGCAGUUCAGCACCUUCCGCCCACUCUCGGACCCCAGCAUUUGGUCACGGCGCUACACGGAGAUGGCCAUCCCCUUCUACGAGCUGGCUGAGGUACGCGUGGGCUACCAGUCGCAGAACAUCUCCUGCUUCUUCCGCAUCAUUGACCGUGACUCUGUCUGGGGCUACGAGCUCGGCCUCAAGUCCCUCAUCCCCACCGUGCUCACCAUCAGCAUGCUGGGGUACCCCUUCAUAUCUGCUGACAUGAUCGGGGGGAAUUUUUUCCCCAACAAGACAGAUGGAGCGGUGGAGAUCCCAGACCGGGAGCUGUACGUGCGGUGGCUGGAGCUGUCGGCCUUCAUGCCCUCCAUGCAGUUCUCCAUCCCACCCUGGCUCUAUGACAAGGAAGUGGUGGAGAUUGCGCAGAAGUUCACAGAGCUCCACGAGUCGCUGGUGGCCCCGCUGCUGCUGGAGCUGGCCGGGGAGGUCACCGACACGGGGGACCCCAUCAUCCGUCCCAUCUGGUGGAUCUCGCCCCGCGACGAGGCCACGCACAGGAUCGACUCCCAGUUCCUCAUCGGGGACACCCUCAUGGUGGCUCCUGUGCUGGAGAUGGGCAAGCAGGAGCGUGACGUCUACCUGCCGGCAGGCAAGUGGCGCAGCUACAAGGGGGAGUUGUUUGAGAAGACCCCGGUGCUGCUCACGGACUAUCCUGUUGACCUGGAUGAAGUCGCCUAUUUCCUCUGGGUUUCCUAAGAGCUUUCUCCGUCACUUUUGGGGAUCACCAUGCCUUACCUAGGACUAUGUCAUACAUAACAAUUCUAAUUGCACAUUUAGUUUGAGACUGGGGAUGAGGAACGGAAUUAAAUGGACUCACUGUCCUUGGGGUGAUUUUUUUAUUUGAAGGGGGGGUGAUUUUUCCUAUUAAUUCGGUUCAUAUGGGAGACUCCAGCUGGGUUCCAGUAUGCAGAAUUUUCUCUGUACAGGUCAAAAAGGAGCUAUCAGUCUGUCUGCAGGCACAUAGUAAACCCAUUUCCUUUACAGUUCGCAAGGAUUUCAAGAGGUGAAGGUUGGUUAGUGCCAGUGGGAAUGUUUCUUAUCUCGUGGGAGGACAUGGGAUUGUGUGACGUGGGAGGGUUGCUACAGCAGUGCUUGCCAUAAGUUUUAUAAUAAGGCAAGUAUAUUUAAAAGGGCCUUUUUAAGAGCAGAAGACAAACUAGAGAUGCAUACACAUGCACGUUUUUUUCCCCUUUUGGUCUAGUGUUCCACUGGACUAACAUUUGCCCCAUGCUCCUGCUUUCCUGGAUACCAGGCAGGCCAGGUUACUCGCGUGACAUCCAGGUAUUAACUGUACCAGCUGCGUGUUGCUUCCUGCACCCCACCUCCUUGCCCAUUUAACCCCAGCUGCUAGGCAGUUGCUUUUGUGUUUUGCCUCGGGUGUCAACAUUGCGUUUCCUAGAACAGCACUGUCCCUACCAGCAUGCCCCAUUAGUCUUCAUAAAGCAUUCAUGUCCCCGCGUCAUUACAUGAUUAUCCUGCUGAUACCAUCCGUUUUGGGUUUUAAGGACAAAUGAGCUUUCAGGUUUGUUGCUGGCAGGACUGCCUGGAGCAAAGCUCUGCUCAAAAAGAACGUGCGGCUCUUCCCUGGCAACAGCCAGUUCCUGCGAGGGAGCGGCACACGCCUUGGGUUGGUGGUGAUGUUUGCUGCUAGCCAGCUUGCUGGUGGGUGGAAAACACCGGCUUUUGCACUGAUGGGUCUGUGCCAGCGGGUGUUCUCGCUGCACCCGCGGAAAUGUCCUCAUCUACCAUGAAUUUAACCUCAUAUCCAUCGCUGUCUCAGGUUAGAGGUGAUCAUUUUGUUGAGGUUUUCUUCUGAAGCAGCCCUCCUCUCUCUCUGGGAGAAUUAGGGACCUUCCUUAAGCAGUGUUUGUGGUGCUGGAGGCGGGGUUGUUGUCAGAGGUGCUUGAGGGGACAUGGGGUGAUGUGGUCCUGCAUUCAAAGUCCCUGCAGCCAGGAUGGAGCUGCAGACAUAUCUCUUUUCCAGCUUUCCCAUUUGUCUUUUUAAGGGAAGAUGCAUUUACAGAGAGCUGUGGGCAAUCUCUGAGACAAAGAAAACAGGAAUGAGGUCUGGAAGCCUUCCUGCCCAGGGCAGGACAUUCCCAGCUGUGCCCUGUUUGGGAGCAUGGUUCAGCCCCUGAAUUUGUAAUGAGCCUCUGUAUAACUGAACUGUGUCGGGUAGGAAGGUUUGGGGCACCCUGCCAGGCUAUGGCCAGCCAAGGAGAGUUCAGCAUCUGUGGGGUUUCCCAUGGGGUUGUGUCUGGGCUGAGCCUGGGCCUGGUGCGAGUCUGCCAACCAGGGAGAUGGUGCUGUGUUUUGGCUAGGGUUGGGUAGUGAGGAUUUUUCUCAAAGCCCUUCUCCUGACACUGGGCUUUGCAGGAGGCAGAGAAGGAAAUGCACUAAACCUAGGGGUGGGUUGUGCUGGGGUCCAGGAAUAGAAAUUUAGGUGUUUGGGGCAAAUAUGAAAUGCUUUCAUAGUUAGGGAGUAAGGAAGUCCAGUCUGAUGGACUCUUUGGAGCAUCCCUUGAGGUCUGAAUCUGCCCUGCAUCAUUCAGCUUUUCAGCCUGAAUAAGAUGCAGGGGAGCCCUGUAGUCCCUGCCCAGCUGGAGCACAAGCAUGUCUCAAAGGCUGUUUCUUGUGGCUUUUAACUAUGAAGGACUCAGGUUUUUCCCUGCCACCAGUGCAAAUAGUGGUUAUAUUACAAGUUACGGACAGCCUCUGCCAAAGAAUUCAUCCUGGAGCUCUACUCAGCCAUCAGGGCACUGGCAGGAUUUGGCCAUUGGACUGGAGUGUGCAGGUGAAGGCGAGGAGCUCCUGGAGGUGAAUCUGACCACAUCCUCCAAGGAGGACAGGGUGCGGAGUAGGCUUCUCCAGCCCCAGAAAUGCGUACAGGCCACGCUUUGAGGGGCUCCAUCUUUUCCCUUUCCACCUUUGCUUGUGAAAUCCAUGUCCUCCUUUGGCAUGGGAGUCACUGGGUGGAGGAGAUGUUGCUGCAUGGCUCAUCGGCCAGUGAAGAAGUGGGAUCCUUCACCCAGGACUUCAUGGGAAGGAUCCCAGUGUGACCAGGAGAUGUUGCAUGUCUUCUUCUCUUCUGUCUCUGCUGUGCCACCUAUUGCAUCCCUCACUUACAAGGCAUGAGGCUACGUGAAUGAAAACACAGCAUUCCUAUUAGUAUGCGUUUAUCAUUAAAAUAAUGGGAGCAGCCAGACGAGUGCCUUCAAUCUCCUCGCAGUAAUUUUGGGCACUGGCAGGAAGGUCAUGGAGGAAAUUCUCCAUUAGACACACUGUCUUCCUUCCCUUCCCCUCACAAGAAAUGAUUUUGUUAUCAAACUUUUCAUUUUCUUUUAUUUAACUACAUGAAUAAAUGGGUAAGAUUAUGGAGUACCCUUAUUUUUCUAAAUGCUGUUGUUAGGGCACAUUCAGUGUUCCAGCUAGGAGAAAGGGCAAGAAGUGACAAAAGAUGAUGCUGAAAAAUAGGUGGCUCUCUGUGGGUGCAUGGCACCAAGCCUUCCCUGCAUGUUGGGGAGAGUCUCAGCAGUGGUGCCUCAACAGCAGGCUUCUAGGUGCCCUUUCCAUCCAACUCUACCAAAACCACUAUUUCUAACACUAUGCUGUAGCACUACAGGACUUGAGAACCUCUGGGACCUCACAGACCACAAGUAUUCUGUGCACAGACACCUUGGGAACUGCUACUAAGGAGAUUCCUGUGAUUGACACUAUGGGUCACUGACCAGAGCAGUGUUUAGUUUGACUCAGCCAAGGAAAAGGCUGAAACAGUUUUGGAAGCUAAUUCAGUCUUUUCCACUCCAGCCCACUGAGCAGCAGGCAGAAGUGCUGCCUGCGUGAUUGAAGGUUGAAGCUUGCAGUGUCGUGUAUCGGGUUUUCUGGAUGCUUGUGUUUGUACAUGCUGUUGUGUGUUGGACUGUUAUGCUGGUGAGUUUGUUUUUAACCACUUUUCUAAUUCUUAAUUGUCAUGAAGACAGAACUGUAACAUGAAUUGCCUUGAUUGAUAUAAAAUUUUGGAAAACAAAAA